UUUUGGUUAAUACUUUAUUAGGUUAAGAUGCCUACAUCUUAUUCUCCAAAUAAUAUGGAAAAAGAUAAUUCUUUUAAGGGAUUUAUAGCAGCGUUACUAUUUUUUUUGGGGCUAUGUUUAAUUAUUUACUUAGUUUUGACUUUUGCUGUGAAAAAGGGUGAUGCAAAGGAUACUUAUCAAUCUUCAAGUUUAGGAGAAAACCAACGAACAUAUAAAAGGCUAUCCGGAUCUAUUACUCCAAAUAAAAAUACUACAACAGUUUCAAGCAAAGAUGUAAAUCCUACAACUGAUCCAAGUGAGAACUUAAAUACCACAACUGUUUCAAGGAAAAAUGAAAAUACUUCAACUGAUCCAAGUGCAAACUUAAAUACUACAACUGUUUCAAGCACAAAUGAAAAUACUUCAACUGAUCCAAGUGCAAACUUAAAUACUACAACUUAUCCAAGUGAAAACUUAAAUACCACAACUGUUUCAAGAACAAAUGAAAAUACUUCAACUGAUCCAAGUGCAAACUUAAAUACUACAACUUAUCCAAGUGAAAACUUAAAUACCACAACUGUUUCAAGCACAAAUGAAAAUACUUCAACUGAUCCAAGUGCAAAGUUAAAUACUACAACUUAUCCAAGUGAAAACUUAAAUACCACAACUGUUUCAAGCACAAAUGAAAAUACUUCAACUGAUCCAAGUGCAAACUUAAAUACUACAACUGUUUCAAGCACAAAUGAAAAUACUUCAACUGAUCCAAGUGCAAACUUAAAUACUACAACUUAUCCAAGUGAAAACUUAAAUACCACAACUGUUUCAAGCACAAAUGAAAAUACUUCAACUGAUCCAAGUGCAAACUUAAAUACUACAACUUAUCCAAGUGAAAACUUAAAUACCACAACUGUUUCAAGCACAAAUGAAAAUACUUCAACUGAUCCAAGUGCAAACUUAAAUACUACAACUGAUACAAGUGCAAUUUUAAAAACCACAACUGCUACUUCAACUGAUCCAAGUGCAAACUUAAAUACUACAACUUAUCCAAGUGAAAACUUAAAUACCACAACUGUUUCAAGGAAAAAUGAAAAUACUUCAACUGAUCCAAGUGCAAACUUAAAUACUACAACUGUUUCAAGCACAAAUGAAAAUACUUCAACUGAUCCAAGUGCAAACUUAAAUACUACAACUUAUCCAAGUGAAAACUUAAAUACCACAACUGUUUCAAGCACAAAUGAAAAUACUUCAACUGAUCCAAGUGCAAACUUAAAUACUACAACUUAUCCAAGUGAAAACUUAAAUACCACAACUGUUUCAAGCACAAAUGAAAAUACUUCAACUGAUCCAAGUGCAAACUUAAAUACUACAACUGAUCCAAGUGCAAUUUUAAAAACCACAACUGCUAAAGCUGUAAUAGUUAAACCAGUAUGUCAUUCUGCAAGUUGUCGCAAGGAAUCGCAAAGAAUAUCGAGUCAAUUAGCCACUUCUGAGUUGGAUGAUGCUUGUAACAAUUUCUAUAAGUUUGCGUGUGGUGACGUAGUACAUGAUUUCAACAAAAAACGCGAAAUAAAUGCUUUAAUGGAGGAAUAUUUAAGAGAUAAUGAGCAACCACCUGAAUUCAUCAAACAUUACAAGCAGUUCUUUUCAUCUUGUAUUAAUUAUAAGAGGAAAGAAGAAUUAAAUUUAAAUUACAACACAAGGAUUCAGUUCAUACAAGAAAAAAUUAAUAACCCACUGGGUGGCAUUGAAGAUAUCUUUGCAGAUGCUGUUUUGACACAGUCUUUACCAUUUUUAGAUGUUAAUUUGGAGUUACUUUCGGAUUCUUAUCAAAUUAAGAUUUCCCGAGACGGUAACGGUUUGAUUCCGACCAUCGAAGACUGGAAGAUUAAAGAUUUGUGCAAGAAAGAAUGUAUUAAGUCCAAUAUGCAUCGUUUUGAUCAUUUUACGAAUCGCUUAGUUGAUACAAAAUUGUACGAAGAAUAUGAUAAUUGCAUUGAUAAUUGUCCCAAAAAAGGUUUUAAUGCAUUUAUAAAAAUUUUAAAUGUUCAAACACCACAAACAUAUAAUGCAACAUUUGAAGCAAUACUAAACGAAAAUUUAAAAAUAGAAAAUUAUAAUAAAACAAGUGAAACUGUAAACGUGGUAGAUUUAGACAAAACUCUGGGCUUAAAUCUAAAUUGGACUUAUUUAUUUUUAAAACUCACUGGUAAAAAUAUUAAGACAGUUAUGGUUGAAGAUAAGGAAUAUUUUAGACAAAUAUUUAAAAAUCUCGAUAAUGCUACACUUGGACAAUUUGUUGUUUUAAUGCAAUAUCACACUAUUCUUAAACAUUUAAACAAUUUAGGUAAAGAUGAAUAUUGCCUUGACCUUAGGAAACAACUCAUGCCUGACAUAACAAAUUACAUUCUCCAAGAAACAUUUAACACAACAAUUAUUAAAGACUCCCUUAAAAAAGUUGAAAGUUAUAAGUCAUCUUUAAUAAAUGUUAUUUCCGAUUUAAAUGAAAAAACUACUAUUCAUAACAUAGAAAUAAUACCCCCAAAUUAUGAUCCAGAUUUUGAGAUAAAAUUAAAAAAUUUAUACUCUCCUUUAACCGAUAAUUUCCUAGAAAAUUUAAUAAAACUAGUGAAAUUACGCAGGAAAAAGUUAUUUCAAAUGGCGGAAAAGGAAUUUAAUGUUACAGAUUUCUUUAACAAUUUUAUUACCGAAAAAGAUGAAAACAUAAGGGCCAUACUCUCACAAAAUUCAAUUGUUAUACCGUAUCAAGUGAUACAACGUAUAUCAACAACUCCAGAUAUCACCUUUUUGGGCAGAAUCGUUUUAAAAUUAGCGAUCGAACUGAUGAAAUUUGUACCGCCUGCGCAAAACACGGAAUACCAGAAUAUUAUUAACAUGACAAAUAAUGAUGAAUUUAAGUUCUUGGACACUUCUAUGCAUAUAUUUCAAGAAGAUAUUUUAUUAGACAAAUUAAACAGAUUUGAAGAGGAAUUUCAAAACUUUGUUAAGGCUUUCGAUUUGGUCAAGUCUUUGAGGGGGGGGAGUAAGGAAACGUUGCCUCCUAUUUUCGAUAUACCAUUUGACAACGAUAAGAUAUUUUAUUUGACAUCUGCUCAAGAAUUUUGUUACAAAAAUAACGACGAGAUUGACUUUGCAUUGAACUUAAAAUAUGGUGACCAUUUACCGUCCAUAUUCGUUACAAACAAAAUUAUUCUUGAAGCCCAAGCAAGUUUUAAUUGCACUGUGAAAUCAUUGGAAAAAGAAACGGGCAACUGAAAUAUUGUCAAUUAUUCAAAUGUUGUACAUUUUGUUUUUAAUAAAAACGUUUAUUUGCUA